CUGAUGGGGGCUGCAUGAAGAACGAGGAAGAUCAUCCUAUUUAAUUUAAUUAUUGGUGUUUUCUUUUUUCUUUCUAUUAUACUUUUUUGUUAAAUAUAUUCAUCAAAAUUAAUAUAUUGGUAGUAAGGCAGAAAGAAUUCACAAUCUUUGGUCAUCUUGCUGAGAAGUUGAUGAAAAUCAGCUAAAACUGAAGAUCAACACCUCUUUGAUCCACACACUUAUUCUGUAUUUCUCAAUCUUGAUCAUAUAUCUUCUGUGAGGUUUGUGGGUUGUGGUUGAAAAUGGGGAAAAAGAGAGAUGAGAUGAAGGAGGAGAAGAAGAAGAAGAAGAAGGGGAAAAAGGCAUGUUGUGAAAGAGAGGGAUUGAGGAAAGGGGCUUGGAGUGCUGAGGAGGAUAAGAUUCUUGUUGACUUCAUCACUCAAAAUGGGCAAACCACUUGGAGAAAUCUCCCUCGACUUGCUGGUCUCCUCCGGUGUGGAAAGAGCUGUCGGCUUCGCUGGACUAACUAUCUUCGACCAGACAUCAAACGUGGUCCCUUUAGUCCCGAUGAAGAGAAUACCAUUAUCCAUCUGCACAGCACUCUUGGUAACAAAUGGGCUGCAAUAGCCUCCAAUUUACCUGGAAGAACAGAUAAUGAUAUCAAGAACUUCUGGAACUCACAUUUGAGGAAGAGAUUCAGUGGUGAAGUCCUCGACCAGACGUCGUCUCUGUCUAAGUCAGUUGAUACGAAACAUGAAUCUCCUCAAACUCGCCUAUUGGUUCAGUCUGAGAAUGUUAGAGUAGAGACUGCUGAGUCCCAUCUGUCUAGUAAAUCUGAAGAUGACUACCUCCUAUGCCUGUGGAAUUCUAAGGUUGGAGAUUCAUUCCCAAGUGAUAGGGAAGGAGCUGGAGCUCAAAGUCCAGCAUCACAGACAUCAUCAUAUAUAAGAACAAUUGAAUCAGGCUCCAGAGCCAGAAACCUCAGUGAACCCUGCAAGAAAACCAGCUUCCCCGGGGAAACAGAUCAGAAAGUGAAACUUUUGAACUGCAAGAAGGAAGCUGAAGAGUUUGGGAGUAAUUCUGAUGACUCAAAAUCAGAUGAUUCGUCAGACACAAUGCUCAAGAUACUAUUAGAUUUCCCUAUGGGCAGCAACGAAAUGGAAUUCUUACAAGAUCCCUUUGAUGAUGUCUCUACAGGCACCCUUCAUUAGUUGCAGACUUGCAGUUAUUUACUAGUGCCUGCAUGGUUGAUAAAGUUAGUUUCCAGCGAAUAGCUGCCCUGUUUCAAUUCUUGUUCUUAGUUUGGGAGGUAGGAAAUCCAAACUACUGUCUUGAAAAGAAGUAUUUUCAUCAAGAAUUCAAGCUUUUUGAAACCUUAACAUUAGAACACUAAAUUUUCUUUGUUGGGAUGCUUCAUCACUAGCCUUGUCUUACUUUUCAUACAAAUCCAUGAUAUAUGUUCUCUUUAGUUGUAAAAAAUGUGUGGUCUCAGUGCUGUCCCUACUUUGCUAUAUCCAAAACACCAGAAUUGACAGGUUAUGUCUGCUAUUACAAUUGACAACUGCUAAAUGCAUUUCCACAAGUUGGGAUCAAAACUAAUGUAAUGAGAUAGAAACCUCUGUAACACACAAGUUAUCAACAUUCUUGCAACUUCCAAACAUGAUCUUUUGGUUUUCAUAAAUACAGUAAAUACUGUCUACCAGAAUGUAUCUAUGAACAAAUACAAUCACUAUGCACACAUGCUAAUGAAACAACAAAUAUCAAUUCUACACAAAAUCACCACACAGUACAUCUGAACCAUAAA